GCCGGCCCUGGGCCUCUGGUGAUUCCACCCAGUCAAUACUUUGAGGGCAACGACGGACCAUGGAGCACCUUCGACCUCCGAGUCGGCACGCCGGAGCAGUACAUACGGGUGCUAAUCUCGACGGCCUCCCCCUACUCAAUGAUCCCCUUGUCCGAUCAGGGUUGCUCAACGUCGGUGUUUGCUACAGUCCCUCCGGAUUGCGCCGUGUCCAGGGGUAACCUCUUCAACCCUAACGAUUCUUCGACCUGGAAGGAUAUCGGCCUUUACGGAAUCAAUCAGAACGGGGUCGGCCUCGAGGCGAAUCUGGGAUACGAGCAGAGGGUUCAGUUUGGGGAAGAUCACCUUGGAAUCGGACUCACAGGGCCUGGGUUUGACAACCAGAUUGUGGGCGGCAUCGCGACGCCCGAACCUUUCUAUCUGGGCAUAUUUGGACUCAACAACCAGCCCAUGAACUUCAGCGUACUGGGCAACGACUCAUCGCCCUCGUUCAUCACGACACUGAAAGACCAAAACAAGAUUCCAAGCCUGAGCUGGAGUUACACAGCCGGUGCCAAGUAUCGUCUCAAGCAAGUAUAUGGCCAGUUAAUCUUCUCCGGCUACGACACCUCUCGAUUCCAGGAAACCCCAGUAUCCUUCACCAUGGCAGACGACGUGACCCGGGACCUUGUCGUCGCUCUUCAGUCCAUAAGCUACAGCGGAUCAACUUCGACCACCCUCCUCUCCAACCCCAUCGACAUAUACAUCGACUCGACAGACCCGAAUCUGUGGCUUCCUGCGGAGGCGUGCGAUGCUUUUGAGAAGGCCUUCGGAUUAACCUUGGACAGCCAGACCGGCCUCUAUCUGGUGAACGAGACGCACAGAAACAGGCUCCUCGACUCCAACGCACAGGUGUCCUUCAGGCUCUCCGACGUCAAGUCGGGAGGUGACACCGUGACCAUCGUCCUCCCUUACGCCGCCUUCGAUCUCACGGCCGAGAAUCCCCUCGUCGAGAAUACAAGCCACUAUUUCCCCCUGAAACGCGCCAACAGCUCGUCGCAGUACACGUUGGGGCGGACCUUCUUACAGGAAGCUUACCUCUCCGCCGACUACGAGCGCAGGGUGUUCAACGUAUCCGCCUGCGUCUGGAACGAGGGCGCCCAAGAGAACAUCGUCACCAUCCCAUCCAAGGACGACCCAUCUGCCGGCACGGGCGGUGGACCAUCCGACACAUCCUCAAGCAAUUCAUCCGGCCUAAGCGGCGGAGCCAUCGCCGGCAUAGUAAUCUCCGUAGUCCUCGGAAUUCUUCUCGCCGUAGCCGCGACCAUCGUGCUCCUCCGCAAGCGGCGGAAA